AUGAUGACGUCACCGCCUUCUAUAAAUUUCCCUAUUGCUCGACCGGCAAAUUCAUCGUCGGUCAAUCAUCUGUUUGAAGGAGAACAAGACGGUUACAUCAAUCAUUCGCAUCAAAUAGUAAUGAAUUCCAGUAAUAGCCGUACUGUUCCGGUACAGUUAAUUAGGAAAACAUCUGUUGAUGAUUUUAAUGAGCGAAUGAUCGGAAUGCUGGAUCAAGUGGAGAAACGAGUAGAACAGCUUAGGGAAUCAGCCGGACAAUUGGAGCAAGAAAAAGAAUCACUAAUUAAUAUGCUUGGAAAUGUGAAUUUAGAUUCUGAAAUGCUACGUUUAGGACAAGGUGAUCGAGAUGAUAUUAGCGCAACAGCUAGUCGUUUAUUAAAUCGCUGCAAAGCUGUUGAAGUGGUCGUAAAUACACCACGUAAUGCGGAACAAACACAAGCAUUAAAUAAUGUUAACAAUUUGAUUGAAGCAGCGAUUAAUAAAAUGAAAGAAGAUUUGAAUAAUGCGAAGGAGGCAAUGAAGCGUUUUCUCAAUGCUUGUUCACCAGAUCUACCUGAUGGACCAAUUGAUCAACGAUUUCAAGCUCAG